AAGAAUUGCUGAUUUACCUACGGCACGGGCAACUUUGUUGAUUUCGCUGUCGCGCGUUGCUUCGUAGCUUCCUUCUUCUUCCCACCAUGGCUUCCCUCGCUGUGUCUGCUUUCGUUGCUGCCUCCGCCUCAUCGCUGGUCGGAACCCGCGUCACCAGCCGCAAUGUCUCCACUUCCAGCGUCAAGAUGACCGCCGUCAGAUGUCAGGCCAAGAAUGACGCGGAGAUCAUGCAAAGAAGAGUUGUGAUGGCAGCUGCCGCCGCUUCUCUUGUGGCCACCAUGUCCGGAGUCGCCCUUGCUCAGCCAGUCGCUCAGACCGACAAGAGCGCAGGAGAGCCCAAGAACGGAUCUCCCGAGGCUAAGAAGUUGUACAAGCGCGUCUGCGUGACCAUGCCCACUGCCUCGGUCUGCCACAAUUAAGAUCUCAAAUUAAUGACCACGCUUUUUUCCAGCGGAAUGUAAAGAAGCUCUGUUGAGCAAUUGUACAUGAUAGUUCUUCUCAAUCUGACGAAAUAACUACGACGACUCGAACAUUUUGAGUGCAAUCCUGCCACGCCUAGACGAGUUUUAUCUUAUUGUCUGCUGUCGUCCGAGGAGGUACAAUAGAUAUAGCCUCGAUCAAUUGCACAAUGUCUUGCAUCCACGGUGUGAUAUGAAGUUCGUAGCUCUGGCCAUGCCCAAUCCAUUGCGAAA